UCUCCCGCUCAAACAUAACCUUGUGAUAAAAAAAACAAAAUAGCGAAGAUUUUGCAUGAAUUGGCCCAAAAGCCCCCUCACAGACUUCUCGAGGAGAAGUUCAUCUCACUCUUGCAAUCAUGUAAGGCCACAAAGCAACUUCGCCAAACACAGACCCAGAUAAUCACCCACGGCUUGUCGCACAACCACUAUAUCGCCCCAAAACUAAUUACGGCAUGCGCCGAACUGAAGCAAAUGGCGUAUGCCCACAAAGUGUUCGAUGGAAUUCCGGACCCGAACUUUGCUUUAUGGAAUGCAAUGUUCAGAGGGUAUGCUAAGAAUGAGAGUCAUAGAGAAGUAAUACUAUUGUUUGGAAGGAUGAAGAGCAUGGAUAUAAUGCCCAAUUGCUUCACGUUUCCUGUUGUGAUUAAAUCUUGUGGGAGACUGAAAAGGUUGGUAGAAGGUGAAGAGGUGCAUUGUGUAGUGAUAAAAGGUGGUUUUAGAGCAAACCCAUAUGUGGGAACGACGCUGAUUGAAAUGUAUGCGGCUAGGGGAGUGAUUGGAGCUGCUUACAAAGUGUUCGGUGAGAUGUUCGAGAGGAAUGUGGUUGCUUGGACUUCCAUGAUUAAUGGUUACAUUUUGUGUGGUGAUAUGGUUUCUGCACAGCGCCUUUUUCAUUUGGCUCCGGAACGUGAUAUUGUGUUGUGGAACACCAUGGUUUCAGGUUAUAUUGAGCUGAGGGAUAUGGUGGCAGCUAGAAAACUCUUUGAUGACAUGCCAAGACGAGAUGUGAUGGGUUGGAAUACCGUUUUGAAUGGUUAUGCAAGUAAUGGGGAGAUUGAUGCUUGUGAGAAGUUGUUUGAAGAGAUGCCUGAGAGGAAUGUUUUCUCUUGGAAUGGAUUAAUUGGAGGAUAUGCACGUAAUGGACGUUUCUUUCAAGUUCUGGGAUCUUUCAAGCGGAUGCUAAGCGAGGGUGAUGUGCUUCCUAAUGAUGCCACCUUAGUGACUGUGUUGUCGGCGUGUGCAAGAUUAGGAGCUCUUGAUUUGGGUAAGUGGGUACAUGCAUAUGCAGAGAGCAUUGGGUACAAGAGAAAUGUUUUCGUUGGGAAUGCUUUGAUUGACGUGUAUGCAAAAUGUGGGAUCAUUGAUAAUGCACUUGACGUAUUCAAGAGCAUGGAUAACAAGGAUUUAAUUACCUGGAACACUAUGAUUUGUGGCUUGGCAAUGCACGGACGUGGGGCGGAUGCCUUAAAUUUGUUUCGCCAGAUGAAGAAUUAUGGAGAAAACCCAGAUGGGAUCACCUUCAUAGGCAUUUUGUGCUCUUGUACACAUCUUGGAUUGGUCGAAGAUGGCCUUUUGUAUUUCCAAUCAAUGGUUGAUGACUACUCAAUUGUGCCACAGAUUGAGCAUUAUGGUUGUAUGGUGGAUCUGCUCGGACGCUCGGGUCUUUUGGACCAGGCCAUGAACUUUGUGAGGAAGAUGCCCAUGGAACCAGAUGCUGUUAUUUGGGCUGCCUUACUAGGGGCAUGUCGGAUUUACAAAAACAUUGAGUUUGCAGAGCUGGCUCUUGAACGUCUCAUUGAACUUGAACCGAAAAACCCUGCAAAUUAUGUCAUGCUCUCAAAUAUUUAUGGUCAUCUUGGGAGAUGGAGAGAUGUGGCGAGAUUAAAAGUUGCAAUGAGGGAUACUGGGUAUAAAAAAGUCCCGGGUGUUAGCUUUAUUGAGGCCAAUGACGGUGUGGUUGAGUUCUAUUCCUUAGAUGAGAGGCAUCCUGAGACUGAGGAAAUAUAUGGAGUCUUGAGGGGAUUGACGAAACUGCUAAAAUCAUCUGGAUAUGUACCAGACUUUCUGGAUCAUGGGCAGGGAGCCUAGGGUUCAAAACCAGGAUAAGGGAAACAUUAAUUUGUUUCUGUAGAUUUUACAACCCUGUAACUUGUAACAUAUGGUCAGGUUAUAUCAUUGUUGAAGGAAACUGAGGUAUUAUCUCUUUGACCAGGAAAAGAAAAGGAAAGGUGG